ACAACGCUCCGUAUAUGGUUCCUUCUAGCAAAAAAUUCCGUUGCCCAGUUCACUGUUAAUAUAACACGUACAUAAUAAUUAUGCAUUGUACGCAGUAUUGUGUUUUAAACAUAAUUAUUUUAUUUAUUUAAUCGAUUCGUUAUCAUAAUCCCCUUUAAGAUAGUAUAGCUCACAUUGCGAGGCCACUUGACAGCAACAACACUAUGGAGUCUCAGGUAAUCACCAACCCGGAAGAGAUUGCCAAACUUUUCAGAGAGCAGAGUCUUUUCCCCUGCCUGAUCAGGGCUGACGUUGGACCAGUGAUCACAUCUCAAUAUGGAGGGAAAUAUUCCAACAUCUAUACAGAAUGGAGCCAGCGUGACCUGGAGAGAAAUGAGAAUGUCAAAUUCUGUCGGCAGUACAUUGUGUUUCACGAUGACAAGUCUGUUGUAUACUCGGGACCAUCUGGGAAUUGCACAGAAAUUAAGGGAGAGCUCUUGAGCAAGGACUCUCCAUCUGGUGAUAUGAAGGCUGUAGUCCGGGAGUGCACAGUGAAGGGCGAGGAGCAACAGUUCUUGGAGAUUUGGAACAGGAACAGCAAAGUGAAGAGCAUCAACCUGACUGCCCUGAAAAAACAUGGCAAGGUCUAUGAAGAUGAUCAGUUUGGAUGCUUGGUGUGGUCCCACUCGGAGACUCACCUCUUGUAUGUGGCAGAGAGGAAGAGACCAAAGACCGAGUCGUUUUUCCAGACAGAGUCUCCUGAAACCAGCUCUUUGGGAGAUGAGGAGGAGGCCAUGAAAGCUGGGAAGAAGGAGGAGACUGUGAAGGGGAACCAGUUUGUGUUCUAUGAAGACUGGGGGGAGGCCCUGGUGAACAAGAGUUCCCCAGUGAUGUGUGUCCUAGACAUCGAAGGCAGCAACAUCUCCGUGCUUGAAGGGGUCCCAGACAACAUCUCCCCUGGCCAGGCAUUCUGGGCCCCCAAUGACACGGGCGUGGUGUUCGUUGGCUGGGUGCAUGAACCCUUCCGACUGGGCCUGAGAUACUCCCCUAAUAGGAGGUCUUCUUUGUUUUACGUUGACCUGACCGGUGGGAAAUGUGAGCGACUGUCGUCAGAGAGCAGUGCCGUCUCAUCCCCGCGCCUCAGUCCGGACCUGUGUCGCAUCAUCUACCUCGAGUGUGGGGUGUUCGGACCUCACUAUCAGUGCAGCCGGCUGUGCAUGUAUGACUGGUAUACUAAGAAGACAUCAGUCGUGGUGGAUGUUUUAAACAGACAAAGAGAAGAUGGUUUCACUGGGAUCUACUCCAUGUUGCUUUCUCCUGACUGUUGGUCAGAGGACAGCCAGCGAAUCCUGAUCUCCUGCCCUCAGAGAAGCAGAAAGGACCUUCUUUUGGUGGACAUCACUACAGGGAAUGUCACGUCACUAACAGCAAAAUCGGACAUUGGGGGCUGGACUCUGCUCACAGUGAAACGGGAUCUCAUGGUGGUCAGCUGCUCCUCACCAAACUGUCCUCCCAGCCUGAGAGUGGGGUUCCUGCCUGCUGCCGGGUCGCAGGACGAGGUGGCCUGGGUCACUCUGGAGGAGGCCCAGCCCCAAACGGAGAUCGACUGGAAAGUACUAACCUUCACCCCGCCCCCUGAACAGGACAACAGCACAUACCCUGGCCUCGAUUUCGAAGCUAUCCUGCUGAAACCUGGGAACACGCCGGAAGGAGCCAGGCUGCCCCUCAUUGUGAUGCCGCACGGGGGACCUCACUCUGUGUUUGUGGCCGAGUGGCUCCUCUCUCCCGCUGUGCUGUGUCGAAUGGGCUUCGCUCUGCUCCUGGUCAACUACAGGGGAUCGAUUGGAUAUGGGCAGGACAGCAUCUUCUCCCUGCCAGGAAGGGUUGGUGAUCAGGACGUAAAAGAUGUCCAGUUUGCGGUGGAGAGCCUGAUAAAGACUGGAGGAUUUGAUGAGCAGAAGGUGGCACUUUCAGGGGGGUCCCAUGGCGGAUUCCUGGGCUGCCAUCUGAUCGGGCAGUACCCCAGCUUCUACAAAGCCUGUGUAGCACGCAACCCCGUCAUCAACCUGGCCUCUAUGAUUGGCAGCACUGACAUUCCCGACUGGUGCAUGAUGGAGGCUGGGUUUGACUACACCACUGAUACGCUCCCUGACCCGGCUGUCUGGGAACAAAUGUUGAACAAAUCCCCGAUCAGACACGUCACACAGGUGAAAACCCCCGUGCUGCUGACUCUGGGAGAGGAGGACAAGCGUGUUCCUAAUAAGCAGGGGCUUGAGUUCUACAGGGCCCUGAAGGCCUUACAGGUCCCUGUCCGGUUGCUGUGGUACCCAGGAAACAACCACUCCCUUUCCAAAGUGGAUGCAGAGUCCGAUGGCUUCAUGAACAUUGCCCUGUGGGUUAUACAGCACUUGGCCCUUUGAGAUCCAGACCUGUUCCUGCUGCGCUGUGAGUGACCUUUGCCAAAACCUCAGCACUGUUGAUGUAAAUCCCAAAGACACUAUGUGGCCAGUCGCGGUUUUAUACUAAGGCAUGUGAUCCUAUUAUUUAAGGGAACUGUGUACAGCACUGUACUUCCUGCUCAAGGGCUUGUUAUUACUUCUGCUAUGUAACUGAAGAUGAAAGUUCCUUCAUUUUUGUAUUGCAAAACUGCUCUAUCAGAAUAACCUGGAACUGUGUGCAGUACCGGGAAGUAACUCGCCUGCUCAUUUUCAUUAUGCCCUCCCUACUCUGACUACAUUAUUUUUAUUGAUAUUUAAGAAGGACUGUAAACUCUGGUUUUAACGAUUGAUUGUUGUUUCUUCUGCACUUGCUAAAACAGGGUGCUGUUUGGCACUACUUGUGGUACCAUUAUUUGAAGAACUUCUGUCAAUAAAAGCAACACUACUUUCUCAA